GCAUACCACUUGGUUUGCUUAAACUUGCGGAGGACUAUGAGGCAUUCAACAACCAUGGAUGGGGUCGGGAAAGCUUCAAGUUGACUGUUGACUAUUUAUCGAAAGAGCUUAAGCCAACAGUGAAGACAGUCAAUUUAUAUGGCUUCCCUUGGGCUUUCAUGGCUUGGGCAUUUGAAGCCAUUCCUCACCUCCGACAACAAGUGAAGGACUAACCUUCAGAAGUGUCUUUUCCAAGAAUGCUUAGAUGGCUGACUGCAAAGAGCAACACAAGAUUGAGUGUUGAUAUUUUUAACCCUCCUUUGGAAGAGGUUGUGCACCCGUGGCUUGUCCCGACAGUACGGGAGUUGGAGAUGCCAUUCCUUGCUUCCUUUGAGCCCUUACAAUCUGUUCCUGAUAAAAUGAUUGAGGUGAUGAAAUUAGAAUUGGCUGGAGUGACAGCCAUCAAAAGGGAAUCAGUUGUGGUAGAUGUUGGUGGUGGUGGUAUUAUUGCUGGUGGUCAACCUGCUGUUGAUGACGUUGCGGCAGAAAUUUCCGGUGAAAAAAAUAAUAGAUGA